UCGUAUUGCGUCUGUAAACGCACAUAUUAGAGCUAGGAAGCUAGCUAGCCACAGCUAACUGCAUCUUCUGCAGAACGAGCGUCAAAACGGCGAAUUAAAGGCGUGCUGUGCGGUGAAACUCGUCAAAUGUUUGCAGAUAAAAGCAUGUGCACGAGAGGAAAUGUCGAGCGAGUUGUUACAGCUUUACAGCUGCGAAAAAUAACCGCCGUGUCCUGCAGGUCCAGAGUGUCCAUUCACGGCUCCGGUGCUCUUCUGAUGUGGGUUGCUCUCAAAAUGCCCGAAAACAAGUCUCUGACAGGAGAAGCUGUCGCAGAUAUUCGUUAAUGAUGCUCUGUGUGCUCUUCGCGGAGACUGUUUUACCCCCAACAAACAUUAGCGGCGUCCCCGCCUACCUCAUCCUCAUUUUGUGGAUUUGAUUUGUUUAGCUCGAGAGUGUUACCGCGAACAGCGCAGCGACUCGCCGAAGUCGUGAAAUUUGUUGCGCGCGAGUCUGUAAAUCCUGAUAUUUGACUUUCCUUGGUGUUUUUUUCUGUCUGUGGGACAGUUUGAGGCGAUGCGCGCGCUUUUCUCUCGACUUGUCUCGCGCUUACAGACAGCGCACGAAAGUUCAGCUGCAGCUUUCAAAGAACGUGAAGAAUGCUGUAUAUCUAAAUAUACGUUUGUAUUGAACCUAGAUCGAUCGUUGACAUGGAUGAUGAAGAUGGCAGGUGCUUGCUAGAUGUAAUUUGUGACCCACAAGCACUCAAUGAUUUUCUUCAUGGAUCAGAAACACAACUGGACACUGAUGACCUUUUGGAUGGCUCAAGUGACCCGUCCAGCUCGUUCUUCUCCAGCACUGGGGGCCACGUUCCUGAGGUCCAGCCACAGGCUCAGCUGUCGACAAAUGAGCCAGGCCUUCCAAGAGUCAGCGUUGAUUUGGACUUCCUGGAAGAUGACAUCUUGGGGGGAUCGCCGGGAGGAGACAACGGAAGCAAUGGUGUUGGGGCAAAUCACGAGCCUUGUGACAUUUUGCAACAGAGCCUGGCAGAGGCUAACAUCACAGAACAGAGCCUUCAAGAGGCAGACGCUGAGCUUGACCUCAGUCAAUUUGGACUAACUGACCUUACGCAGGUGGUCCAACCCCUGCCUGAUGCUGGCCUGUCUGGGGUGGGCAUUGGAGGUGCAACUCAGAUUUUUCCAAACCAAGGCACCCCUACUGCACCCUCUAAUGCCACCCAAGACAUGCUCAGCUCAGUCCUGGCACAUCCAGGCCUGCAGCUUCAGCCCCAGGUCAUGAACAAAGCUAUCAGCGUCCAGCCAUUCGUGCAACAAGUCGGGCUUGGAAAUGUGACCCUUCAACCUAUUUCGAGCCUUCAGGCCUUACCAAAUGGCAGUCAGUCUGGACCAUUGGGCAUUGGACAAAUUCAAGUUGUGGGCCAACCCACUGUAAUGACUAUAAAUUCAUCUGGGCAGCAGAUCUUGGCGAAAACCAUGGGUGGCUACCAACUGCAUCAACCUGGGCCUGAGGCAGCAAGCGCUGGAACGCAGGCUGGGCUUGGAGGCUCUGUUUUGAGUUCAGGAGGUGGACUUUUAAUUCAAGGGGGCAAGGCUACUCUAGGGUCCCCUGCCUUAAAUGGGCCGGCUGUCUGCUUAAGCAACACAAAUACCAACAACAGCGCAACUACAAUGGCAACUGCUGGUGGCAUUGUGGGUUUUGGUAAUGCUUCUUUGGGUGCAGGAAUUGGAUCUCAAACCCAGCCUCAAGGACAAAUUAUGCAGAAUGUCAUAAUCCAGCGAACGCCAACGCCUAUACAGCCCAAACCUCCACAAGGGGGUGCCAUCCAACCCAAAGUCUUCAAGCAACAGCAACAGCUUCCUGCUCCACAUGCUUUGCCAAAUGAUACUAAUAAGGCUCUGGGGGUGCAGCAAAUCCCAGUAUCAGCUGGUCAGAAUGUAACGUUCCUCGGGAAGCCUGGCUCAAACGUAGUCUUGAGCACACAGGCCACGUCGCAGGGAACGCAGUUUUCUCAAGCGCUUUUUAAACAACAGGGCCCCCAAACGUCAGGAAAACCGCUCAGUGUUCACUUGUUAAACCAACAGGGCAGCAUUGUCAUUCCUUCGCAAACUGUCCUGCAGAGCCAAAACCACCAGUUCCUGUUACCGGGGCUUCAGGCAGGAGGUCAGAUCCUGACUCAACAUCCCGGGGGUCACAUCAUUACCAGUCAGGGGCCUGGAGGGCAGUUAAUCGCUAAUCAGAUCUUGACAGCAAAUCAGAACAUCAACCUGGGUCAGGUGUUGGCCUCACAGGGUCACCCUGGUGCCGCCCAUAUUCUCUCUGGACACAUCCACCUCCAGUCUGGUCAGAUGGGUCAGCCCACACUGUUCCAAAUGCCGGUGUCCUUGGCACAAACGCAGACACAAGCCCAUCCGGUAACGGGCCACGUACAAACGCUCAUCCAGGGCAUGCCGAUACAGAAUUCCCUGUCCGUGGAGAGCCUUAGCCCAGCAGUCAGUUUACAGACGUUGCAGCAGUCUGGUGGCAUUCCUAAUAACGGUAGCAGCGGAUCGACAGCCAUGGCACCAUGCCAGACAGGAGAGGGUAUCACGGUAUUGGGUGGUUCUGCGGACCCUGCUGCUCAACCAGCACAGACCCAACCGCAACCCUCAAUUCUCACGGUUCAGACGACUCCAUCAGUUUCAGUAGCAGCUUCGGUUCCUUCCUCUUCAUCUCCAUCCCCAACUAUGGCCACAUCCACGUCCUCAAUGGUGGGUUUGGGUCCUCAGGCCCAGCACAGCCCAGGAAAGGUGUUGUUCACAUCACCUGGUUCCAGCAUGAUCCUUAGUCAGGAGUCUCUUCAGAUGUUCCUGCAGCAGGACCAACAGCAGCAAGCAGGAAAAGACCCACCUGCCGCUGUGGGUGUACCUGCAUCUGUUAUCGUCAGCGGCAGCAGUUCUGGUCACGCCCCUUCAGGCCCUGACAACUUGUUAGCUGAGACUCGGCAGAGGCAGAGUCCCAGCCCCUCCCUUGGCCCCGCCCACAUGGCAACAGUGGUUAACAAGGUUCCGUCGGCAGCACAUUCACAGUCUAUAAAGAUCCAAAGCGCCUCCCCAUCUCAACAUGUGGUCACCCCUGCACCAACACCCACCCUGACUGACAGUCCUCAACCUGCCCAAGCUUCUCCCAUAACCAUCGGGCAGCAGAUCCAGUCUCCUCACCAGCACCAGCAGUCUCGGCCUCCAUCACAGCCACAGCCUCAGUCUCAGGCACAGACUCCCUCGCGCUCCUGCACGCCUUCCUCUCUGCCCCUCUUUAUCAUACACAAUCAGAUCGGAGGUUCUCCACAGCCACCACAGCAAGCUCCUCCACCUCAACAGCAGCAGCAGCAGCCUCAGCAAGUACAAGUGCAGCUCCAGCCUCAAGUUCUUCCUCAGACUCUGCCUCAGCCUACUCCCCUGCAGACAGACAUACCUCCUUCCUCCUGUUCCCCGAAGCCUCCGCAGCCACUUCCCGCACCGUUCCAGUUCCAGCCUGCUGUGAGCUCACCUCCAGCUGCAGUGGUGAAACAGCAGGUGACAGUGGUGCCGGGGCUGACUGCGGAACAGCAGCAUCACCUUCAGCUGGUCAGUGCGCAGCUGCAGACCAUGUCAUCCAUCACACAGCCCUCUCCUCAGCAAAAGCAGCUUUUGGAAAAACUUCACCAGGUCCAGCAAAACAUUCUUCUCCAGGCUAAGCAGCAAGCUCAGGCACAAGCCCAAGCCCAAGCCCAGGCCUCUCAGCAACAGGCUACAAACCAAUUCAACAAAAUGCCAGAUCAGCAUUCAGUCCAAGCUGCAACUUCAACGCCGGGUGGCACCAUUCAAGCGCCAGUCCAGUCCCUUCUGCAGCAGAAGUCUGUGCUAGUCAAGUCCUCUACUACAGGUGCAAAUGACACUCAAGUGUUUUCUGCUGGGGCUACAGUGAACCAGGGAAUCACAACUCCAAACCUUGCGCAGGCUGUUCAGGCAAAGCCAGGAGUCAUAAGUUCAGUUGGUGGUCUGACUCUGAGUAAAGCAGGUUUGCAGAUACAGGUUUUAGGCACUACACUCUCUCAAAUGCCCGCACCUCCACCACCUGCUCUUCAAACACAGACUUCCACAUUAAAAAGGCCUUUUAGUAUGGAACCAAGCAAAGAAGCUAGGAUGCUGGAACAGCUGCGAAAACAGCAAGGCUCGGUUCUCCAUCCUGACUACAGCUCUCCUUUCCACUCACUUGAGGAUACACUUCAUCGACUGCUGCCGUACCACCUUUACCAAGGCAUGGCUUCAUCCCCGGAAGACUACCGCAAAGUGGAUGAUGAAUUUGAGAAUGUCUCAUGCCAUCUCUUGAAGCGCACGCAAGCAAUGGUGGAUAAAUAUCGUCACUUGCUUUUUGAGGAAUCAAAGCAGAGGCUGGGUCCCUCUGCAGAGAUGGUUAUGAUUGACCGGAUGUUCAUUCAGGAGGAGAAGGUUGCUCUUAGUCAGGACAGGGUUCUGGCCAAGGAGAAACCAGAAGAAUUUGUGGCCAAUUCCUGUUUGCUGGACAGCAGUGCUGUGAGACCUGUACAGGUCGAGUUGAGUUCUGUACGAACCGCAUCAUCAGCAGCAGCAGGUACAGGUCAACCUGUGGCAGCCGCACCUGCUGCAGCUGUUGCCCCUGCUCCAACCCCAACCCCUGCACCUAUUCCAGCUGCUGCCCCGACUCCUGCUUCUACCCCUGCCCUCUUCCCUCCUACCAAGCUGGUGAUCAAGCAAGGUGGAGGGGGAGCAUCGGUAUCCUGGUCCACCAGCUCCACCCCUACACUUGCUCCCGUGGUCCGGCCAUCGGCAGAGCCAGUCACGCCAAGUGCCUCCUUCAGCCGCACUCCGUCCUCCCGCCCCGCUGAUGAUGACGAUGAUGUUGCGCUUCCCCAACGGACCAGCAAACCACCCAUCAAGACCUAUGAGGCACGCCAGCGUAUAGGUUUGAAGCUGAAGAUCAAACAGGAGGCGGGAUUUAGUAAGGUGGUUCACAACACUGCUUUAGAUCCGGUCCACUCCCAAUCCCAACUCACUCCACAACCGCCGCCCCCUGAGCAGCCGCAGAAAGUCAAGCCCACCCAUGUAACCUCACCCAUCACAGUCAUUAGAACUCCUCCCCCAACUUCUUACACCACCCCAUCUUGCACUGUCACUACGGUAACCACACACACAGGCUCCACCUCCAGUAGCGCAACUUCGAGUGGACCUUCGCCCUCAUUUUCCUCCUCUUGGUCUUCAUCGUCCGCUUCCACGUCUACGGCUCAGAUGAAUGGCACUCUGGAACACCACGAGGUAGGCGGAGUUAAACGGAACCCAGUGUCCACCACGACUCCUCCACUAACCACUUGCCGGCUACCGCUUCGAAAGACCUACCGUGAAAACAUCAGUCCACGUCGCAGGCCAGGAGUACCAGGAGGAGGUGGAGACAUGUUGCCCAUUGUACCAGCAGGACCCCCUAUUACUUCUUCCCCCCAACCACAAGGUUCCUCCCCUCAACCUGAACGGACUGUGAUAGCCAGUGUGAAACUAGAGAGGCAGGGUGGACAUGGGCAGUCUCACUCCCAUGCAGAGUCACAGAGCCUCGCAGCAGUAGAGGAUGUCCUCUACCGUGGCAUCAAAAAUGCGUACCAACAUCACCGAGAUUUCUCAGAUAAAGAGGCUGAGGACAAGGCGGAGGAAGGUGGUGGUUUGGGGCGGUUGAAGGGCAUAGGGAGCAAAAACCGAGAGGGAGGAAGGGGUACCUUCAGGAUGGAUCAGCAUGCCCCUGGCCCACCUUCUCCUGGAGAGUCUUCCUGCACAAGAGACUCCACACUUCCUAACGCUCCAAGCAAGACCCACCCUCCAGAUAUGGACAAUGCAAGUUUCUCCAGCGGCAGCCCGCCGCCUGAUGACUCAUUGAAUGAGCACCUGCAGUGUGCCAUAGACAGUAUACUGAACCUCCAACAGGGCCAUGGACAUGGAGGCUCAGGGAAAGGGGCAUUAGGGAGGGUUCAUGGGGAAAGCCUGCCUAAUCAGCACCAAACCCAUCCUUCCUACAGACAGUCCAUGCCUCCCCUCUCCACGCCACCAUCGUCCGCCCCCAUUUCCCAGCAUCCACAGGUAGGGGGCAGAGGACAAAAUGGGAAUUUGGUUUCACAGACGCACAGUAGAUAACAACCCUUUAGCCGGUGUUGACUGAAAGACUGAAAAGCAGGAUGUCAAUGGAUAGGGGAAGCAAACGGAGACACUUUUCCCAUGAUCAGCUGUGUUUGCUUUGUUUGUCCGUGGUUUGUGCUGAUGAAAUGUGUUCUUUUGGUUUACAUAUGGCCCUUUAAGUGUACUUUCUAGAGUAUAAAAAGUGCACUUUGAUAUGAUUUUCAAAACUUUUCCCUGUUUUCUCCUGGGUUCGAAUCUGGGACGGUUCCUAUGUCAGUUUCCCAAUUUAAGAUUUCUCUCAACUUGUGAGAGACAAAAAUAUAUGACCAUUCAUUUAAUAAAUAAUGUUUGUAAUUACUGUGACGUAUGCGGAUUGCAGGAACUUUUUAAGUGAUAUCAUGAAAACUGUCAUAUCAAGUAGUAGUUAAUUUGGUUAUUUUGGAGAAUUUAUUUUGAAGAGACUAAUGGACCACUUCUCCCUUUGUUUAGAAUGGUCUCGCUUUACAAUAGAAUUAUGUUUUUGGGAACUGGUGAUCACUGUGUAGUGGCUCAUUAAUGCAUAGUAGUAUAGUGCUGUCUCCCCCAAAACAAGAAAUCCCUGGUUUUGGUUGUCCAGCUACAGGAAUUAACAAUAAGGCAUUCACAAACAGAAAAGUCACCAGAACUGUAGAAAAUCUCUUGACCUUUAAAGCAUUCCAGCAUCAAGAGCACAUUACAAAUCAAAAAUACACAGCACAGCAAAUGUGGUCACCCUUUUAAUUAAAAAAAUAUGAUUUUCCUGGGAAGAAUAUUA